CAGUUACGAAAUGUCAUUAUUUUGGUAAACAUAAACACAUGCUGCUUCACCGGUCCUAGUGCAUUCUUUAGUACGUAAAAAUGGUUUAAAAGUGUUUAAAUAACGAUUGCAUAAUGUUGAACGCACUGCGAAGGCAAUGUUGGACCCAGUUCCGCACACGAAUAUUCCAACAGCCAUAUUUCAUCACAAGAGGAUUGGGCGGAUCUCCAUCUGUUUGUGUAAAAAAGGCACACAGAACAGAUGAAUUUACUCACCUAGAGGCGGUACACAGCCCGGAUCAGUUCGGUACGCUCUCACCACAGGUGGAUGAACCGGAAAUAGCCGAUGAAGGGGAUCUGCGGGAGGAAGAUUUUCUGCAAAACAUACCGUCCCAGGGGCAGAAGCUUUCCGUUCGCCAAUAUGCUGACACGAUAAAGGAACAUCUAAAAAACAAUCGCAUCCGGGAAGCACUGGAUGUGGUCGAGGUGCGCAUGAAGCAGGAUCGGGUUAAGCCAGUAAACUAUCACUUUAACCUGCUAAUUGGUGGAUGUGCACGGGUUGGAUACAGUAAGAAAGCGUUUCAGCUGUACAACAAAAUGAAGCAACACGGGCUGAAAGUGACGGGCGGUACGUACACUUCGUUGUUUAAUGCCUGUGCCACCUCACCGUUUCUAGCGGAUGGACUUAAGCGGGCGAACCAUUUGCGGGAGAUUAUGAUAGAGAAAGGAUACGAACCAAACGAGACGAAUUACAAUGCCAUGAUCAAAGCGUAUGGACGAUGCGGUGAUCUGAAGACCGCUUUUCAGCUGGUGGAUGAAAUGGUGGAACGUAGAUUGAACGUUGGAACCGACACGUUUAACUUUUUGCUACAGGCAUGCAUUACCGAUCGUGAGUAUGGGUUUCGGCAUGCUCUGCUAGUGUGGCACAGGAUGUAUCAUAUGAAUGUAAGUCCGGAUCGGUAUUCGUUUAAUCUGUUGCUCCGUUGCGUGCGGGACUGUCAGCUCGGUGAGCUCGAAACAAUGGAGCAAGUGAUCGAACAAAUCCUCAGCCAAAGCAUUGUACGUCCGCAGCACCAGUUAGCAACAGUCGAAGCCAAACCGGCUACGGACAAUGCACUGGUAGCGAAUGAACAGUCUGACGGCCAAAGCAUACCAUCGCUAGAAAUUAUUAACGUGUACAGUGAACUUACCGAGCGGCUCAAUCACGAAGGCGUGCCAGAUCUGCUAUCGCCAAAACCACAUUUGGGUAGCUUGAUAAAGCUGGGCGAGGUGCGAAAAGCGGAAGAUCGUUUGCUAUUGUUAGGUGGCUCAUCGAAUGUGUUGGCCGAAAUGAAACGAUGUAGCGUGGAGCCGGACAUACGAACCAUGACCGAGCUGCUCGAUGUAAUUCCGCCGACGUAUGCAGCCGAGAAACAGCUGUUGACCUCGAUAAAGCAACUGAAGCUGGGCUGUGAUAUCGAUUUUUUCAACAUUCUCAUUAAGAAACGAUCGAUGCGGUUCGAUUAUGAAGGAGCUAAGGAUGUGCUGUACAUGAUUGAGGCAGCAAACCUGGAACCGGACAUCGUCACAUACGGUGUACUGGCUCUCGGAUGUCAAACCCAGGAGGAAGCUCGAUCGCUACUCAAAAUGAUGAACCAAGCGGACGUGCGCAUAAACAUACAAAUUCUCGGUGCUAUGUUGCGACAGGGUUGCGCAAGGCACAACUUCCGCUACGUUACGGAAGUGCUGAACAUAGUCAAGCGAGAGCGCUUGAAACCAAACGAACCGUUCCUGCGCCAUUUGGAGGAGUUUGGUAAGGUGUGUGAAAAGCGCGACCGGGACUAUGAUGCUAAACCGCGGCAAAAGGGACGGGACGAGUUCAAGAUGGAGUACAACCGUUAUCGGAUGCAUAUGGACGCAUGGCGCGAGCAUAUGGGAUUGCAGGGGCUAGCGUUGGAUCAAGCGCUCGGCAUUGUGCGUGAACAUCCCUGGGAGCAGUUCAAACAGCCACAGCCGGAUGGGUUUGAAGCAGUUAAAAAUCCAAAGCUUCGCCACAAGCGUAAGAAACACCACUCGAUACGCAAAGUGGAUGUGGAUGCGAUCGGUGACGAUGACGAUCGUGAUGUUCGUGAUGAGGUGCAUAAAAAGGUAGGCGAUCAAACGGCGGAAGUAAGGUUGGUACAUUAGACGCAAUCGAUAGAGGCAACCGAAAUAAAGGUGCGGUAGAAAGUGUAUA